AUGCCUCGACGAUGGAGAUACCAAUCGCGUCGGGCAGCAGCCCGUUUCCUUCUGAAGUUGCGUCUCUGGUUCGCAGUCGCCGUCCUGGUACACAGAGAGGUCAAUCAGAUCAAUCCCAAUGGUGUCCUUGAUGGAGAGCAGGUUGACAAAGCUGGCAAGGAGGAAGAUGUAGGUAAGGUGAUCACUGGCUACACCAGCCAGGAGAGCACAGCAAAUGCAAAAAGGGUCGCCAAAAACCCAGGAUUUAGUUUAAUCUGGUGCUGGGACACCAGAGCAGCAAGCUCGGGGAUGUAG